AUGUCUCCCAACUUGUCCACUAGUUCUUCACGCGCUCCAAUUGUAUCUUUCACCGCAACCUUGCGUAACGAACAAUCUCGACCAAGCUGGAUUCAACGCACAUGUUUACACUGGCUCACUGCAUACCGUAUCCUAAUUUGCCUUACCUUCGUUGUCAACCUCGCUGUUCUCAUUGCGUGGCUUCAGACAGAACUUCCACUCGCUGGGGUGCUACAAGCCACAUCUGCCAACAUCUUGGUCGCAAUCGUAGGCCGCCAGGAAGACUUGAUCAGUGCAAGCUUCUUCUUUGUAACAAAGACACCAGUAAGUUUACCUCUCUGGGCCCGGAAGUUCAUCGCAGACUUCCACCACUAUGGAGGACUUCACAUUGGCAGUGCUUUCUCGGCAUUGAUGUGGUACUGCCUCUUCAUCGCUAUCAAUACGUUGAAUACUGUCGCAAAAGUAAACCGGGGCGAGAUGAACCCAUGGCUGUGGGCCGAUAUUACUACUUGCUACGCCUUUUUAGCUUUCAUUCUGUUCAUCUGCAUCACCGCGCACCCGCGCCUCCGUGUGAAAUUCCACAACACAUUCGAGCACACGCACCGCUUCGGCGGCUGGGCCGCACUUCUCGUGCUCUGGGUCAAUGCUGGCAUUUGCACGAAGGCUCAUGCGACUACCAUAUCACUCUACCAGAGCCCUUCGAUAUGGCUCCUCGCCGUAUCAACAUUCUUCAUCAUACUGCCCUGGUUGCGAAUCCGCCGCGUCCCAGUACAAGCCGAAGCCAUCUCGAGUCGCGCAGUCAAACUGACCUUCCGCUACGCAAACAUGCCCCACAUUUCGACCAUGCGCUUCAGUACUUCUCCAUUGAUGGAGUGGCACGCGUUCGCCACGAUUCCCAGCGCCGACGGUGCCGCAGCCCACAUCAUCAUCAGCCAAGCAGGCGACUGGACAAAAAGCAUCAUCCAAAACCCACCGCGGGAGAUAUGGAUCCGCCACCCUCCCACCGCCAACUUCCUCGCUGGCACUGCACUGUUCAAUUCCGUUCUCCUCGUCGCGACGGGCGCGGGCAUCGGACCCAUGAUCUCGCUCCUGCAAUCGCCCGCUGUCGUGAAGAUGAAGGCAGAGGGGAAACAGGUCAGGGUCAUGUGGUGUGCGUAUGAUCCCGAUGCAUUGCACUGGGCAUUUGUGCGCGAGUCUAUCAAGGAAAUAGACGCCAUGCCUAAGAUCUUCGACAGUAGACGGGGCAGACCUGACUUGGCUUUCGAGGCGAGGUACAUGAAGCAUCUGUGCGGUAUCGAAGCGGUCUUUGUGGUCAGCAACAAGGUAGUUACGAAUUCGGUUGUGAGGGAGAUCAAGGCGCAGGGAGGCGCGGCGUAUGGCGCGGUGUUUGACUCGUGAGCGGCCUCGAUGCGUUGAGGUCCUUGCUCUUGUAUAUUUUGGGUUUGUGUUGUUGGAUUCACGCUCUGUUGUCACAUUAUAUGUUGCUGGCAGAAAGGGUAUUUUGGGAUGAUGUAUGGUGAUAUAUACUUCGAUGCGUUCGAUCUAGAGUUGGAUAAUUCUAGGUUACCUCAGAUGGGC